AUAAAAAGUGAACAUAUGAAUAAGUUAUAACAAAUGUAAUGUCUAGUAUAUAUAUACACAAGGUAAUUUUCUAUUAAACGGAUUUAGAUGAACCCAAACCCUUACUACCUCCGUCCCCCGGGUCCAGGGUUGGCUGGCUACGAUAAGCUAUGGGAUCUGCUUUCUGAUUGAUUCCCAACAUAUGAACUGACAAAUUUGAGGGUACUUCUGCUAAUUCAAUAAUUCCGAAAAUUCAACUGAUGUUGGCAUUUUACCUAAUUUUAAUCAUUAGGUAUAUGCACAUGUCUUUUUUUCCCUCUUACACCAAACAGUUUGUUGAAUAUAAAUACACGUGUUUGUGUGUUUGUUUGUUACCUUCAGAGUGAGUCCAAAAAUAUUGAAGAAAAUGGAGAACCCAAUUCUGCCAUCAUUCAAUCCAAAAUUGAACGGUAAAAUUGCCAUCAUCACCGGAGGAGCAAGCGGAAUCGGAGAAGCGACAGCACAUCUGUUUGCUCAACAUGGCGCUCAGGUAGUAAUCGCUGACAUCCAAGAAGAAAAAGGUCGAUCCGUUGCGGAAUCAAUCGGGUCCACUCACUGCACUUUCAUUAAAUGUGACGUUACAGAUGAGCAACAAGUCCAAUCCCUGGUACAAUCAACAGUGGAAAUUUACGGUCGAGUCGAUAUAAUGUUCAGCAACGCCGGAAUUGGCAGCCACGACGAGCACGCACAAGAUAUCCUAGGGUUCAAUCUGGAUGCUUUAGAUAACCUAUUUGCGGUCAACGUUCGUGGGUCAGUCGCUUGCGUGAAACACGCGGCAAAGGCUAUGGUGGAAGGUGGGGUCAGAGGGAAGAUAAUAUGCACGGCGAGCUCGACGGCGACGAUGGGGGUAACGAGGCAAAUUGACUACGCAAUGUCGAAACACGCAGUACUGGGAUUGGUGAAGUCUGCAAGUAAAGGACUGGGUGCGUAUGGUAUACGAGUGAACUGUGUUUCUCCAGCAGCAGUGGCAACGCCAUUGUUAGAGAAAACGAUGAAAAUGGGUGUAGAGGAGCUAGAGAAACUGUUUGAAUCCUUCAAUUGCUUGAAAAUUGGAGCUCUAAGAGCUUCUCAUGUAGCUGAUGCUGUCUUGUUUUUGGCGUCGGAUGACUCUCAGUUUAUCACCGGCCAUAAUUUGGUCGUCGAUGGAGGUUUUCAACCUCCUAUGUGAUUGUUAUUUGGGCUUAGGUUUGGGAUCUAUUGGGUUUUCUUUCUUUCCUGUUAACAUUGGGCUUAGUUUCGGUUAUAGUAUCUUUGUUGGGUCAUGGACUUGGGUUUCAAAAUCUGUUUAUAUUUCAAAAUAAUGCCUCGUUUUACAAUUUCUAUUAUUCAUAUAUCAAUUAUUGAA